UUUCCUUCAGGUAAUAAUAUACGUGACUUUGAUCCGCGACUAAAUGUAAUUUUUUUGAGCUGCUUUGUCCGGUCGAUAUUGUGAAUGUCUAUUGUCCAUUAGGUGUUGGCUCUUUUCCGACGCUACUAAACAGAUUCGGACUCGCGUUUUCUCUCAAAAGACCCAAAUGCAAAUCGCAGCUGAAUGAUCUGUCCGACUCCUGGUCCAAAUCGGUUCAAAUUGGCUGUAUGAUCCGGCAUUUUUGGGGUAAAAAAGUUGUUUCCAGUAUGCGACUGUUUGUUUCUUUUACGAUUUGCCUCUGUCUUACUGUUCCUCCUCCGAGUACAGUAACGAGCACGACAUCAAAGCCACCGACAGGCUUAAGGAGCAAGUACGAUUACGACUUAGUCUUGCACAAGUCUAUUCUGUUCUACGAAGCUCAGCGCUCCGGAAAGUUGCCAUCGACAAACCGUAUUUCGUGGAGGGGUGACUCGGCUUUGGGAGAUCAUGGUGACAACGGCGAAGAUCUGACAGGUGGUUGGUACGACGCUGGUGAUUACGUCAAGUUUGGGUUCCCUAUGGCAUCCAGUGCGACUGUCCUUGCCUGGGGCCUAGUAGAGUACCGAGAUGCUUACCAGGCCGCGGGAGAACUCGACAACGCACUGAACUCCAUCAAAUGGGCUACGGACUACUUUAUCAAGGCACACACUAAGAAGUUUGAGUUCUAUGGACAAGUCGGUGAUGGUCAUGUUGACCACGCCUACUGGGGUCGCCCUGAGGACAUGACGAUGCAGCGCCCUGCCUUCAAGAUCACGACCUCCUGUCCUGGUUCCGACCUUGCAGGGGAAACCGCAGCCGCCCUUGCCGCCGCCUCCAUCGCCUUUAAACCGACGAGCCCCAGCUACGCCGCAGAGAUGCUACAACAUGCCGAAGAACUCUACGAGUUCGCUGAUACCUACAGGGGCAAGUAUAGCGACGCGAUUCCCAAUGCGGGCUCGUUCUACAAAUCCUGGAGCGGGUAUAAAGAUGAGUUGGUGUGGGGCGCGGCCUGGCUUUACCGGGCUACUAAGAAGGCUUCGUAUCUGACGAAAGCAAAGAAGUACUUCAACGACUUCGGUAUAGGUGGAACCGCAUGGGCGUUCUCGUGGGACGACAAAAAGGCCGGGGCUCAAGUACUCCUUGCUCAGAUCACCGGAGAGAGCAGUUUCGUCAACGCAGCACAGGCAUCCUUAAAUGCAUGGAUGCCGGGCGGGAGUGUGACCUACACUCCUAAAGGUCUGGCCUGGCGUGCGGAAUGGGGCGCCAAUCGGUACGCAGCGAACACGGCUUUCCUCGCUCUUGUAGCUGCAGAUGCUGGGAUUAACCCGGCCACGUACCGCGAGUUCGCCAAGAAGCAAAUCCACUACAUGCUUGGCAAUAGCGGUCAUAGCUAUGUGGUAGGCUUUGGAGUGAACCCUCCAAAGCGCCCGCACCAUGGUUCAAGUAGCUGCCCCUCGCCACCGGCUACAUGUGGGUGGAGCCUGUAUAACGCUGAUGUCGAUAAUGCGCAUGUCCUGCACGGAGCUCUUGUUGGUGGACCGGACAAAUCGGACAACUACAAGGACGAUCGCAAGGACUACAUCAAGAACGAGGUGACGACUGACUACAACGCUGGCUUUCAGUCUGCUGUUGCAGGACUUAAGUCUCUGUAAAUGUAAUGUGUCCACCAGAUUUCAAGGUACCAGAGGCCACUUCAGCUUAAGGAGGAUUUUGUCACAAUGGAAUGUUACGCAAUAAAAAAGCUUUCAUCUGUC